AUGACUUCAAGGAUCGCCAUUCUGGGAUCUGGUGAAGUCGGGUCUACGAUUGCUUAUUCGUUGAUCUUGAACCCUGUGGCUGGCGAGAUCCUUCUUGUCGAUCCCAAGGAGGAGGUGCGUGAUGCUCAGGUUCAGGACUUGUCGGAUGCUACGUUCCAUGGUGAUACUACUACGCAAGUACGUGCUGGUACGCACAAGGAAGCCGGACAAUGCGACAUCAUCGUCAUCACCGCUGGAGCAGCACAGAAGAAGGGAGAGAGCCGUACCGAUCUCGUUGGUCGCAACCUCAAGAUUCUGGGAUCAGCAAUUGAGGAUAUGAAGCCCUUCCGCAAGGACAGUAUUAUUGUCCUCGUCUCCAACCCCGUCGAUAUCUUGACCUACUUUGCGCAAAAGAUGUCUGGACUUCCCAAGGAUCAAGUCAUUGGCAGUGGUACAUUCCUCGACAGCGCCCGUCUACGUGGUAUCCUUGCGCAAAAGUGUGGUGUCGCAGCUAGCUCCAUCGAAGCCUAUGUACUAGGCGAGCAUGGUGAUUCACAGAUGGUCGCAUGGUCCCAUGCCUCCGUCGGCGGCGUACCCCUCGAACUCGCCCUCCCAGACACCUCCAUCAACAAAUCCGCCAUUGCAGAAGAAACCAAGAAAAAGGCCGCCGCCAUCAUGGAAAACAAAGGUGCUACAGCGUACGGUAUCGGUGGUGUCACCGCGUCCAUUUGCAAGUCUAUUCUCUUUGACGAGGGCAGUGUCAGACCCCUCAGUCAUUAUCAAGAUGACAUGAAGGUGUGCUUGUCCAUGCCGGUUGUGCUGGGUAGAAAGGGUGUUGUGAGACAGAUCCCUAUGAAAUUGAGUGAGAGUGAGAAGAAUGAGGUUGAGGAGAGCGCGAAAAGCUUGAGGGAGAUUAUUGAGGAUGUGGAGAAGGAGCAGGAGAAGGAGUAA